AGCUAGCUGUCAGAAAGUGAGUUCAUUCCCCCAAGCCGAGGAGACGGAUCGCCGUUGAUAGAUUUUUUUUUGCCCUUCCGUUGGUAUCUAACACAUUGAGUCAGCGACACAACGGGUCGAAAUUUCCACCGAGCCCGGCCAUGGACGAACAGGCAGGGCCCGGCGUGUUCUUCAACAACAAUAACAACUCUGUUUUACCCGGCGGUGGAAAAGGACCACUGCCCGAUGGCGACGCCGGGGAGGCGGCGAGGGCGCAAUACAGUAUCCCGGGGAUCUUGCACUUCCUGCAGCACGAAUGGGCCCGUUUCGAAGUAGAAAGAGCACAAUGGGAGGUGGAGCGGGCUGAAUUGCAGGCUCAAAUUGCCUUCCUGCAGGGGGAAAGGAAAGGCCAGGAGAACCUUAAGAAGGACCUUGUCAGGAGGAUCAAAAUGCUGGAGUAUGCACUGAAGCAAGAGAGAGCAAAAUACCACAAGUUAAAAUAUGGGACGGAGUUAAAUCAAGGUGACAUGAAACCUCCGAGCUACGACUCUGACGAAGCCAAUGAAAACGAGUCUUCUGGAUCGAUUAACAAUCAGCUGUCCUGGAAACAAGGCCGGCAGCUCCUCAGACAGUACCUGCAGGAGGUGGGCUACACAGACACUAUCUUAGAUGUGAAGUCCCAAAGAGUCCGAGCCCUGCUAGGACUCGCUGGGGACGGAGGCACGAAGACGGGUGAACGCACGAGUGACGAGCCUUUGGUCAAUGGCACCGACUCGGCAACAAAGGGCACGGGAACCAGGGCGAAAGCUGAGCUCUCUGACACCAGUGCUGUUCUGGAGGCCUUCAAGUUCAUUGAGAAUGCAGCGGCUGAGUUCAGCGAUGAAGACGAGGAUGAGGAUAGCGAGGGGAAAGACAGAACCCACGUGGACUCCAGGACUAUCCUGAGAAAGAAGCCCGCAUCGUCAUCAUCACCAGCUAGCAUGGACACCAGUGAGGACUCUUACACAGAGGAGGCUCUUAAGGACUUUGACUUCCUGUCCAGCCUUGAAGACAUGGACACGUCAUCGGAGUUUAGAGGCACUGGGGAUGGCACAGACUGGGAGAAGGACGAGCAAGGUCCCAUUUGUGAGGCCUGGGACGUGGACCCGGGCCUGAUAACCAAACUCAAGGAGCAGUACAAAAAGGAGCGCAAGGGCAAAAAGGGGGUGAAGAGACCCAACCGGUCCAAGCUACAGAACAUGCUGGCUAACCUGAGAGAUGCAGAGGACCUGUCUCACAUGCAGCCUCCAUCCACCCCCCAGGCCCGGCCCAGCGUUGCCCGCUUCACUGAACAAGAGGGAAACCGGACAGAUGAAGUUGAGGCGCUUACUUUCCCACCCACCUCAGGGAAGGCGUUCAUCAUGGGCACCGAUGAGGCCAUGGAGAGCGAGCUGGGCCUGGGCGAGCUGGCCGGGCUCACCGUGGCCAAUGAGGCCGACAGCCUGGCAUAUGAUAUUGGCAACAAUAAGGAUGCCAUGAGAAAAACGUGGAACCCCAAGUUCACUCUGCGGAGUCAUUUCGACGGGAUCCGCGCUCUGACCUUUCACCCCGUGGAGCCAGUGCUCAUUACUGCUUCAGAGGACCACACGCUCAAGAUGUGGAACCUGCAAAAGACAGCUCCUGCCAAAAAGAGCACAUCUUUAGAUGUGGAACCCAUCUACACAUUCAGGGCUCACAGGGGAGCUGUGCUGAGUGUGGUGAUGAGCAGUACCGGGGAGCAGUGUUUCAGCGGGGGGAUUGAUGGAACCAUCCAAUGCUGGAACACCCCGAACCCCAACAUCGACCCCUAUGAUUCCUACGACCCGUCGGUGCUACGUGGCGCUCUAAGUGGACACACUGACUCGGUGUGGGGUUUGGUGUACAGCAGCGCCCACCAGCGCCUCCUCUCCUGCUCUGCAGACGGCACCGUCAGACUGUGGGAUGCCAACACCACCUCCCCCGCCCUGGCCGUGUUCAACGAAAACAAAAAGCUGGGCAUCCCCUCCUCAGUGGAUCUGGUGUGCAGUGAACCAGCUCACCUGGUCACAUCCUUCACAAACGGGCAGAUUGGCCUUUUCAACAUGGAGACCCGCCAACUGGUCCUCAAUCUGGAAUCAGACCUUGAGCCAGGCACCCCCUGCCAGAUCAACAAGGUCCUCAGCCACCCCACUCUUCCCAUCACCAUCACUGCACAGGAGGACCGCCACAUCAAGUUCUUUGACAACAACAGUGGGAAACUCAUUCAUUCCAUGGUGGCCCAUCUGGAUGCUGUCACCAGCUUAGCUGUGGACCCGAAUGGACUUUAUCUCAUGUCCGGCAGUCACGACUGCUCUAUCCGUCUGUGGAACCUGGAGAGUAAAACCUGCAUCCAGGAGUUCACAGCUCACAGAAAGAAGUUUGAGGAAUCAAUCCACGAUGUGGCAUUUCAUCCAUCUAAAUGUUACAUUGCCAGCGCCGGGGCAGAUGCUCUCGCCAAAGUGUUUGUAUGACGCGGAGCUGUGCGUCCCCCCACAGCCCUGCUCUCUGACUCAGCUUCCCACGAUCAGGGACCAAUAGAGACCCAGCAGGGGAAGGACAGCCACGCAGGGGUCCAGUCCCACCUCCCACAGCCCCCUGGUCUCCUGUUGGACUUGCAGACUAUGUAGCCGGUAGCCUCAAACAAGCUGUGGCUCUCCUCAGAGAGGGUUCGCAGGGAGACCAGCCAGAGGGAGAACCGCUCUCUGGCCCCCCACCCACCAUCCAGGCAGGCCUGGGUGUGACCGGCCGCAGUGCCCCUGCAGACACCAAUUUAACCUCCACUGAAUGGAGGCUCAGGACAAGUGUCAGUGUGUAAAGGAGAAAGGAGGUUUUCAGCGCCCUCUUCUUCUGCCCCUGUGGCUUCACGCUCAUCCCCACCCCCCCUCAGGCCCUCGACCCUCCCUCUCACACGGACCAGGUCCAGUCCCCUCACUCCAAGUCAGGUUUUUCAGAGCGUGGGCAACUGAAGGCCCGCCGGAGCUGCCGCGGAAGCCUCACACUUCCUCUACUCCACUUCCCAGACUGACUCCGCUUGCUGGCCUGCCUUCAUUUUUCCUUUUUAAAACCCCAUAUUGACAAACGUGCCUUUGCUUUAAAAAGGUCUUGAAAAUGUUAUUUUAACAAGCUUUUUUUGGGAAACAGGGAGGGAGGGAAUGGUGGAGAAUUUCAAGCUGGUGUUCACAAUGUUGUUGAUUUUAACAUUGGAUGUAAAAUUACAAAUGCUUAUAAUAAACAAAAUAUAUAUUCAGUCUUAAAAUUUACUGUGCAGUGUGAGUUUGAGUGUCAUUUUUGAUAAGUGUGGUUGGGAAAUCAGUUUUGUGCAUUUCAGGACGAAGCUGGCAGAGUGAAACAGACCAUUAAAUAUAUUGCCUGUUUGUUUGACUCAAGUAACUGUACACUUCCGCAUUAAGGUAACAAACAUAUGUGUCCAAAGUAAACCAUCUUGGUUAUAUAAUUACAACUCUGACUUGGUUCUAGAUGUCAAUUUUAGGAGUAACUAACCAAUUUUGGCCAGUUUGCUCUUGUUUGAAUUGAUUGCGUGUACUAUAUGUAGUAUUCCCAAGCUGUGUGGACAGGCUUUACUACAAUGUGAUGUAUCAUGUCCUGAUAUUUGCAGUAGUCCAUUGUUUAGCAGGAAAUUAGUGCAGUACUUUAGGACUAUUUGAAACAAUGAAUUAACCAUCCGACACUGAGGGAAGAAAAUUGUCCUGCAAUUCCAGUUUCCUGUAAACUGAAGCGGUUAAAAGUUUUAAAAACGGAAAAGGAAAAAGUCAAUCAAGAUGUACAUGGAGAGUACAGCUUCAGAUGAGCCAUUUUCUCAGUCACUGGUUUGUAUAUGGAAGUAUGUUGAAAAUAAAACCUGCUGUAAAACGUU